AUGCCCGCAGCGGCAGCUCCCAUCAUCAGCUCAGUACAGAAGCUGGUGCUGUAUGAGACUAGAGCUAGAUACUUUCUAGUUGGGAGCAACCAUGCAGAAACGAAAUAUCGUGUCUUGAAAAUUGAUAGAACAGAACCAAAAGAUUUGGUCAUAAUUGAUGAUAGGCAUGUAUAUACCCAACAAGAAGUAAGAGAACUUCUUGGCCGCUUGGAUCUAGGAAAUAGAACAAAGAUGGGACAGAAAGGAUCCUCAGGGUUAUUUCGAGCUGUUUCAGCAUUUGGUGUUGUAGGUUUCGUCAGAUUUUUAGAAGGAUAUUAUAUUGUGUUAAUAACUAAAAGGAGGAAGAUGGCAGAUAUUGGAGGUCAUGCAAUAUACAAGAUCGAAGACACAAAUAUGAUCUAUAUACCCAACGAUUCUGUACGAGUCACUCAUCCUGAUGAAGCUAGGUAUCUACGAAUAUUUCAAAAUGUGGAUUUAUCUAGCAAUUUUUACUUUAGUUACAGCUAUGAUUUGUCCCACUCUCUUCAAUACAAUCUCACUGUCUUGCGAAUGCCCCUUGAGAUGCUGAAGUCAGAAACGACCCAGGCUCGCCAGGAGAGCUUUGAUAUAUUUGAAGAUGAAGGAUUAGUUACACAGGGUGGAAGUGGUGUAUUUGGAAUCUGUAGUGAACCUUACAUGAAAUAUGUGUGGAAUGGUGAGCUUCUGGAAACAAUUAAAGAUGUUGUGCAUCGUGACUGGCUGUUGUAUAUUAUUCAUGGGUUCUGUGGGCAGUCAAAGCUGUUGAUCUACGGACGGCCAGUGUACGUCACUCUAAUAGCUAGAAGAUCCAGUAAAUUUGCUGGAACCCGUUUUCUAAAGAGAGGCGCAAACUGUGAGGGUGAUGUUGCAAAUGAAGUAGAGACUGAACAAAUGGUCUGUGAUGCUUCGGUGAUGUCUUUUACUGCAGGAAGUUACUCUUCGUACGUACAAGUUAGAGGAUCAGUUCCCUUGUGCUGGUCACAGGACAUUUCAACCAUGAUGCCAAAACCUCCUAUUACUUUGGACCAGGCAGAUCCGUUUGCACAUGUGGCUGCCCUUCACUUUGACCAGAUGCUUCAGAGGUUUGGCUCUCCCAUCAUCAUCUUGAACUUAGUGAAGGAACGAGAAAAAAGAAAACAUGAAAGAAUUUUGAGUGAAGAACUCGUAGCUGCUGUGACUUACCUCAACCAGUUUUUGCCUCCUGAGCACACUAUUGUUUAUAUUCCUUGGGAUAUGGCCAAGUACACCAAAAGCAAGCUGUGUAAUGUUCUUGAUCGGCUGAAUGUGAUUGCUGAAAGUGUGGUGAAGAAAACAGGUUUCUUUGUAAACCGCCCGGAUUCUUACUGUAGCAUUUUGAGACCAGAUGAAAAGUGGAAUGAACUAGGAGGAUGUGUAAUUCCCACUGGUCGUCUACAGACUGGUGUUCUUCGAACCAACUGUGUGGACUGUUUGGAUCGCACCAACACAGCGCAGUUUAUGGUGGGAAAAUGUGCUUUAGCUUAUCAGCUGUAUUCCUUGGGAUUAAUUGACAAACCUAAUCUCCAAUUUGAUACAGAUGCAGUUAGGUUAUUUGAAGAACUCUAUGAAGACCAUGGGGAUACCUUGUCCCUUCAGUAUGGUGGUUCUCAGCUUGUUCACCGUGUGAAAACCUACAGAAAGAUAGCUCCGUGGACCCAGCACUCAAAGGAUAUCAUGCAGACCUUGUCUAGAUAUUACAGCAAUGCUUUUUCAGAUGCUGAUAGACAAGACUCCAUUAAUCUCUUCCUGCGUGUUUUCCAUCCCACUGAAGGAAAACCUCAUCUCUGGGAACUCCCCACAGAUUUUUAUUUGCAUCACAAAAAUACGAUGGGACUUUUACCCACAAGAAGAAGUUAUACUCAUUGGUGGACACCAGAGAUAAUAAAACAUUUACCAUUGCCCUAUGAUGAAGUUAUCUGUGCUGCAAACUUAAAGAAGUUGAUAGUGAAGAAAUUUCACAAACAUGAAGAAGAGAUUGAUAUCCAUAAUGAGUUCUUCCGGCCAUAUGAAUUGAGUAGUUUUGAUGAUACCUUUUGCUUGGCGAUGACAAGUUCAGCACGUGACUUUAUGCCUAAGACCAUUGGCAUUGAUCCAAGUCCAUUUACUGUACGUAAGCCUGAUGAGACUGGAAAAUCAGUAUUGGGAAACAAAAGCAACAGAGAAGAAACCGUAUUACAGCGUAAGACCGCCGCCAGCGCCCCCCCACCCCCCAGCGAGGAGGCAGUCUCCAGCAGCUCUGAGGAUGAUUCUGGGACUGACCGGGAAGAUGAAGGGUCAGUGUCUCAGCGCUCCACCCCGGUGAAGAUGACCGACGCAGGAGAUAGUGCCAAAGUUGCCGAGAAUGUGGUCCAGCCCAUGAAAGAGGUUUAUGGAAUUAACCUCUCAGAUGGCCUCACAGAAGAUGACCUCUCCAUUUAUUCACGAUUUGUUCAACUGGGCCAAAGUCAACAUAAACAAUACAAGAGCAGCCAGCAGCACUGUUGCGCGUCCUCAGAUGGAAUUAUAAAACUAAUGCCUAUCUCAGCUUUCUCUCAAGACAACAUCUAUGAAGUGCAGCCUCCAAGAGUAGACAGAAAAUCCACAGAGAUCUUCCAAGCUCACAUUCAGGCCAGUAAAGGUGUCAUGCAGCCCCUUGGGAAAGAAGACACCUCUACCUACAGAGAGUACAUCAGAAACCGAUACCUGUGA